CAUUCGUUUCCAAUUGGCGACCACCAUCUCGUAUGCCCUACUCCCUGCCCACUCCUACCCAAGGACGCCCUACUCACCGUCGUUCGUAUACUCAUUCUUCAGGCGCCUUUACCUCCCUUGGCUCGCUGCCACGGAUUACACACAACACCAGACCUGUCUUUCACUUUCAGAAUGACUGUUCUUCCGAUGACGACCUCAGCCCCACCCCAGACACCAAAUCAUUGCGGGUCGAUACGAAAUUAGCCACCGUACCCUUCCCACGAAGUCCUAGCCCAGAGUUACCGGGUAGGUCAUCCCCCCCGCAGCGAACCAACUCGACCCCCGUGCUGCUCUCCAAUGGCCGGCCCCUCAAAUCUUCGCUCAAGGGGUCCCCGCGCUCGUCCUCUGUCCCCGAUAUGCCCUCCUUAUCUAUCCAGCAUGCCCGGGCCCGCUCUGCCCCAUCUACGCCUUCUCACGAAUCUCAUGCCCCCAAAAACGUCCAUUUUCCUACCCACCAGCUCGAAACAGUACGUCUCUUCAGUCGUUCCGCCAAACCCGCUUCGCUGCUUCGAGCCGCUCCGGCGUCGGAUGCGGAGACCGAAACUGAGACAGAGGUCGAAGUCGGCUCCUCUCGCUAUUCAGACGCUCCACGGUUCCCAUUUCCAUUGGUUCACCCCUCGUACUGCCUGUCUCCAUUCACCGACCCCGUACCAAACCCUGCAGCACCCAUACUAGGUUCUAAUCUCAUACUCGAGUCCUUGACUCUUCCCCAAUCAACCCUGGCGCUCAAGGGAUCCGUGCUCGUUCGCAAUAUAUCAUACGAGAAGCAGGUUUUCGUCAGGUUCACGCUUGACGAUUGGCAGACGACGUCCGAAGUCGCAGCUCGGUAUCAAACGUCGUUGCCUUCGUUACCUAUUCUGCCCACGAAAUCUCUCACCAUAGGUGAUGUCGCUGCAAGUGUCGGUAGGGGAGCAUCUGGAGCUUGGGAUCGUUUUGAAUAUACAAUCAAAUUGGAAGACUACGCCUCCACCCUUAUCGACCGGACCGUCUAUCUCGUCGUACGAUAUUCCGCAGGUGGAGGUGAAUGGUGGGACAAUAACGCUGGGCAAAACUACCGUGUGGCCUUUAUUCGGAGUCCCAACCAGCCAUCACCUUCAACGGUUGAGAAAACCAAUGCAUCGGUAGCUCCGAUAACCGUUCCGUCCGAGAGCUCCGUUCCAUUUCCAACCAUUGGUCCAUCCUCACCGACAAGCCCACCGACUUCUUCGACACCCACCCUAUCACCGUCUUUACCAACCACCCCAGUCCCUCCUCCUCCCCAUAAUCGCGCAAGAUCAGAGGCGACGCUCCAACAUCGCCUGAAAGGCUUCAAGCUUGCCAACUAUGCCAAGCCCAACGCUGUCCCUCACCAACAGAGUCCUCCUACUGAAGAGAAAGCCGAAGGCGCGGGCGUGUUCUGGUUUUGGGGCUCUCGCAAGUCGCACAUGGACACGGGCUCCCCAGUGCAUUCUGACGGGGAUGGAGACGAGACGCCUGCUCUAUCAAGAGGCAGCAACUCUCCAUUAGACUCACCUAUCGAGGAGCGGGCGGGUGCAUUGGAGGAAGUGCCUGUGUACGUAGAGCCUGCGAGUCUUCCCGUUCCCUUCUCGAUGCUCAAUUCAGACGCUAUCGAGCCUAAGCGCAGGUCGCCAUCGCCACCACUGUCUCCUGAACGAGUUCAUCCUCCGUCACCCCCUCCUUCGACCCCAACCCCCACCCCCACGCCCCCAUUAAGGACGGGGAAAAAAUCACCGAGCCCUCCUCCCUCGUCAGAGGAUCUAUACAAGGCUUUUGUGAAGCAGUGGUGCUUCGUUGGUGGUGUAGGAGGAGCAGGAGGAGCAGGAGAAGAAACGAUGAUAGGCGCUUAGACGCCCUCCCACACGCCAUUAUACGACCGCUCGCCAUACGACGGCUCUCAUAUUCUCAAUAUCUUUAUUCAUCUUUCCCACUCACGCUGGUUUGUACUAACAAUCAACCCAUAUUAGACAUUUUGUAACAUUAACAGCAGCAACACAAUGCAGAUGGACGUUCUUGCGUUUUGCAUUUUUUUUUCUUCGUCUUCUCAUAUGUGUACUACUACAACUAUUAGUUACAUACCAUCCACGAAAAAAGCAUGUAUAUAGUAUGGACGCUACUAUACGUGCACUGCCUCGCAUAUUAUCAUUACCUACUUUGGCUUUCAAUACAUAG